UAACAUUUGAUGUAGUAUCAAGGAAUAUGACAGCAAAGCUCGGACAACAUAUAGCAAUAGAAUGCCAGGCGAGAGGAGAUGAUCCUAUUAGAAUCAUGUGGACGAGAAAUGGGAAACCUAUAAACCCGUUGACACAAAGAGUAAAAAUAUCUGAGACGAAAUCAGAUGAUGGCAUGACGAAUCUUUUAGAAAUUUUACAAACGGAAACAAGCGACGGUGCUAUAUAUCAAUGCAGAGCAGGAAAUCCUUACGGAGCGGACGUGUACAGCGUUUAUUUGACUAUUUUAGAACCACCCUUGCCACCAUCAGAUUUAUCUGUAGAUUCAAUAAAAAGUCGAUCUGUCAAAUUGUCAUGGCGAGACAUGACGCGGUCGUUGGCACAAUUUUACAAUUUACAAAUUGCUAGCAGUCAACGCUUAUCUUGGAGUAAUGCUAGAACAAUAAAUGUAACCAGAACUGAUGAAAUACGUCACAUGAUUGAGAUCGUUGACUUAGUACCGGCCACUGGGUAUACAGCGAGAGUGGCUGGGGGCAAUCAAGCUGACCUAAGCUCGUAUUCAACACCAGUAAAGUUCACUACUACUGAAGAAGCUCCCUCAUCACCGCCGCUGGGAGUACAGAUAGAGCAAACCGAUGGUCCUGGAGAAUUGAGAGCAAGAUGGCUUCCACCGCCGGCUGAUAAACAUAACGGUGUUAUAAUAGGGUACAGGUUAAGAGCUGUGCCACAACUUAAUGGGGUCAAAGAAAAUCAAGAUGUGAGCGAUAAAAUCAUUAAAACUUCAUCACUUUAUUCGAAACAAGAAACUGUAAUUACAGGAUUGCUUAAAGGUGUCAGAUACGCAGUUUCCAUAGCGGCAUUUAAUGGCGCUGGGGCAGGACCAUUUUCAAUACCAAUGUUCCAAGACACAAGAGAAGGAGCGCCGGAAGAAGGUCCUUCGUCAGUAGAGUGCGGCGGCGUAACGUCCACCGCACUUAGAGUGAGCUGGCAACCAAUUCCACCUCACAGACAGGCUGGAGCUCUUAUAGGAUACACCGUAUUGUAUGCAGCUCAAGCUCGACAAUGGCAGAACGCGACGUCCCUUGUGACAGAGUUGCGCUUGCAAGGCCUGCACAAAUACACCAACUACACGGUCAAAGUCGCAGGAUUCUCAAACUACGGCACAGGACCAUUCUCCUUUCCUAUUGUUUGCGCCACACUUCAGGAUGUCCCUGAAUCGCCGGCUGAAAUCAAGCUAUUGUCGCAAUCAUCAACUACGUUGCUCGUUAGCUGGAAGAAACCAAGACAGCCAAACGGAAGAUUGCUCCACUAUACUGUCUACUGCAAGCCAACAGCUAGCAACGACGGACCACAAAUACUUCGUAUAGAUGCGGAAGAGACUGUAGAUGUUUACGAGAAGACACAGACGAUGGAACUCAAGGCGCUUUAUGAAGGUCGCCAGUACGAUGUAUGGGUGACCGCUAGUACCGCAGUCGGAGAAGGACCAGAAAGCAAACAUGUUACAAAUACACCAUCACAAAGAGGUAAGUUAACUGAGUUAAAAAAAAAAUAUUCUGAGACUGCGUUAUUAACUUUUGACUGAUUGGUGUAGGAAAAAAUGUAACCUAAC